AUGCCCAAGCCCACUGCACCUGAAAGACGUUACUUACUUACCCUGGUGCCCAUGUAUGCGUACAAUGCCUGGUUCCAACAACUCGACAUUAUGCCGUCGAGACGGCCACCGUGCCAUCACAACACAUAUGUGACGAGAUUUCUUCAAUACCAAUUCUCAUCUGACCGCUCAUCUACCAAGUUUCUUCGACGAGAGCCAGAGGUUCUAGACGUUUGGAAUACGAUGAUCGUCGCCGAAUCGUGUGGCGUGGGAUCGGCGCCGAGGCGUCCCCCACUAUGGACACGACACCCGACACCCGACAUUGGGGCUGCCCAACAGGCGGCCAACAACAUCAGCAAGUAA